UGGCUGUGCUGGUUUUCAAAUCGCCAUCUUAGAUGGGUCAAAUCGCCAUCUUGCUUAGGUAACCCUAAGCAAGAUGGCGGCAAUGCCAAAUCCUGCCUACAGCACCUUUAAGAAAACUAACUUGGUUAACCAAAUCAAAAGAGAGCUCUCAUUCAACUUGACCCAACUUUUAUUGUGAAGUCACUGUGAAAAUGCUGUUCCCGUAAUGCACAGAGUAUGCACGCACCAUAGAAUCAAUUGAGUGCCAGCUUGACCGUGCUUUCUGAAAUGAGGACGGGCUUGACCGCAGUGGUAGGUUUGUAUUCAGUGGAGUGAGAAUCUAUUCAGAAGAAAUGCUGGCAUUUGCCUGAACGCAUCACUGGAGAACCGAAAGAGAAACUACACAAAGGCUGGUGUGUGUGUGUGUGCGUGUGUGUGUGUCAUCAGACUAAAGCAAGUUCAUGAUACGAUUGCAGCAUUUGCUUUGACAGAGUCUCAGAAAGAAAAACCCUGCUGGAGAAACAAGUGUGAAGUUGAGUCUGUUCAGUGAAGGAUAAUGUCUAAAGGGAAGAGCAAGGGACGAGGACGUGACUCAAGCUUCACCAAAGAUAAUCAGUUCUAUGGCCUCAGAAACCAAGGAUCAACAUCUUACUUGAACAGCGUGCUGCAGGUGCUGUUCAUGAAUGAAGAGUUCAGAGAAGCUGUGAAAAGGCACACUGAGGACAACAGUAACACAACACACAUUGACAGACAGCUGUCAGAGCUGUUUGAUGAGUUAAAGAAAGGCCCAGCAGAGACCAUCGGAAUCACAGACAAGCUGGGAAUUCGCUCAGUGCAUAAACAAAGUGAUGCAGCAGAACACUUUGAGAAGAUUUUGGCGCUCACCAGUCCCGAGGCGUCAAAGAUAUUUCAAGGAAAUCUGGUCCACACAACAGAGUGUCUUAAAUGUCACAACAAAACUUGUGAAGAGGGGAGAUUUUGGCAUUUUCCUCUUCCACUGGAGGAUUCCUGCGGUCAAAGCUACAGCGUGGGUCAGAUCUAUGAUCUGUAUGCAUUUGUAGAACAUGUUGGCAGUUUGAAAAGUGGACACUACACAGCCACAGUCAAGUCUCAGGACGGCAGAGGAGCCAGAUGGUACAACUUCCAUGAUUCGAGCGUUACGCAGCUUAAUGACAAACUUUUCAAUGAGGACAACAAGAAAGACAGUCCUUACCUUCUGUUUUACAGGAAGAGAAAAGAGAUCGAUCCAGACAUCAGGGAACGGUCGACCAGCAGCUCUGCUCAUGAGAGAGACGACCAGAGUGGAGAUGCUGUGAGGAGAGGUGGAGGUGGAAGUGCUGUGGGAGCAGACGACGCUGCAGCGGCUGAUUCCACCAGCAGAGAGGAAGAACCGCCAGUCAAACGAAGAAGCAGUGACACGUCCUGUUCAGCAGGGGGGUUAAGAGAUCCCUGCAGUACCGAGGUCCAGGACAACAGAGUUUCUGUCCAGCAGAGCAGGCAGAGUCAUCAGACUACUGAGAGUAGAGAUGACAAGAGAUGUGAAAACGUCCGUCUGGCUCAAAAUGCACAGCAAGAACCAGCGAGGAAGGAGAAGAUGAGAGAAAAAGAGGAAGAAAAGAAAGCAGCAACAAAUGUAGAAAAGCAGGGAAGAGAGAAAAAACAGCUCAGUGCAGAGAAUUAUUUUCAAAACAGUGUCAAAGAUCAUAAAAACAUAGAAGUAGAUGUGAUUAUAAAGAGCAAAUCAGAUCAUGUUAUUGAACAGCAAGAAAGGGAAGAAAGGAUUGCAACGCCAAACCAGAAAAGAGAGACGUCAAGUGGUGGCGGUGAAGAGAAAGAGCACAGAACAAAAGGAAAAGGCAAAACGGGUAAAGUGGCAGCAGGAAGUGAUGAGUUGAACCGUAGGCAUGAUGGCCGCCAAGUUUAUUCUCAGCCAAAAGCAAACAGAGAGGUUAAAACGAGUCAACAUGUCGCUGUGUCAGAGGAAGGUUUCACUGCGAUCCCAAGCAGCUCCUCUUCCACAAGGAAAGAAAGUCAGAAGCAGAACGAUCACACAGACUCUGCAUCUGUGUCGAAGAAUGAGGAAGAGGAAAGUUUGUGGAAAAAGAUUAAACAGAGUUUGAAAGUGAAAGAUAGAAAAAAAUAGAGAGAAAAGAAAGAAAAACAGAUGAAGAUGGAAAAAACACCAGACAAACCCAAAAAGAAGAAAAAGACUGGAGACAAGUUGUCUUGUUCUUUCAGUGAGGCCAAGGACUGACCAGGAUGUCAACAUAUCUUAUCCAGGAGAAAAAACAAAUACUUACAAUAGUCCUUUUUUUUCUUUUUUUUCUUUGAUGAGGGAAGUUUGUUGAAUGAUCAAGUGACAACAUUUUCACGUUAUCUGAGGAUAUGAAGGAAAGAAAAACAAUAUGUAGCAUCAAACGUGUGUAUUUGAAUAAUAUUGUCAUUUCAUGUUUUAGUGGUGGUGAUGUAACAUUGUAAAAGUGAAACUGUUUAAAUAAACAAAACUAAUUAAAACACAGAAUGUAAAAGUU